UCACAAUAUAGAAGGAAGUUGUUGCGAUUGAUUUCUGUAGACAUUUAUUUAAAUCAUCAUGACCCGACAUGCGAGAAACUGUACAGCAGGCACUGUUUACACAUACCAUGAGAGAAAGAAGGACACCACUCAGUCUGGAUAUGGCUCAAAGUCUGUCAGACUUGGAAAAGAUUCCAUUAAGGAGUUUGACUGCUGCUGUUUGACAUUGCAGCCAUGCAAAGACCCUGUUGUUACUCCAGAUGGAUACCUGUUUGACAAAGAAGCUAUUCUAGAAUAUAUUCUACAUCAAAAGAAAAGUAUUGCAAGAAAAUUAAAAGAAUUUGAAAAACAGAAGAACAAGUUGCAUGAUGAAUCUCUACAACUUAAAAAAGCAGAAGAUGAAAGCAAACUGAAUGCAUUUAUUAAACAAGAAAGCAAACCGAUUGAAAAUAGAAAAUGUAUAGGAGAGAAAACGGAGGAAGAAAACAGCAUUAGCAAUAUGAAACAUGGAAAAGCUAAAGCACUGCCAAGUUUUUGGAUUCCAUCAUUGACUCCAGAUGCUGGACCAUCUCGGAUCAGCAAACCUGAUGAAAAAGUGAGGUGCCCCAUGAGUGGAAAGCCACUGAAAUUGAAAGAUUUCACAGAUGUCAAGUUUACACCAAUAAAAGAUGGAGAUAAUAAAACGGCUCUCAUCUCCAAAACAGCCAGAUAUGUAUGUGCAAUUACAAAUGAUGUGUUGGGUAACUCUGUACCUUGUGCUAUAUUGCGAACAUCAGGUAAUGUUGUCACAAUGGAAUGUGUAGACAAAAUAAUCAGGAAGGACAUGAUAGAUCCAACAAAUGGAAAAAAGUUACUGGAGAAAGACAUCAUACAGCUACAAAGGGGUGCAACAGGAUUUUCAGGAACUGGUCUUAAGUUGAAAGCUACAAAAGCAGGAUCUUCACUUCAGGCCUGAAUGGUGUAUUCCUGAUAUAAAAAGAUACUGUAUGAUGAGUGGACUUUAAAGUAUGUUGCUUGCCUGAGGUGUGGUGGGCCAUAGGAUUGUUCACACUUGAUGGGACUUGUCCUGGUUCUCCCCUUCUUCACAACUGGCAUCUAGUGUCCUGUCUAGAACAACCAGCAUUGAACCAACAGAUCUGUCAGGGCAUAAAAUUUUGCCCAAAUGAUUUUGUCAUUCGUCUGUCGGUUAUGCAAAAUCAAUAUCAACAUAAACAGUGUAUUGUUCAUACAAAAGCUGUAAUCGUUCGUCAGAAAAUGUUUUAAGAAAUUUAUCACUACUGUUGGAAGAGUAUAAGCCAACAUUGCCGGUGUGAGAAAAAUACAAUGUAUCUGUUUGAAAUCAGCAUCGCAGUCAAUACAAUUUCUGCGCUGUAUUUAGAAGACUCAAAAAAGUUUAGUAACAUAGUUGUAUGUUCCCUUUGAUCAUUUCACUAUGUGCACAAAAUCAUGUGCUGUUUGGAAAUUAAAGGGACAAAAUACA